UUCGUCAUUGUUCCAUUUCUUAUCGUUCCUGAUUGUCUCUUCGCCCGCUUUUCUUCCCCACUUCCGUUUCCGCCCACCGGAAGAGACAGACUCUCGACCUUGGCCCUUUCAAGAUAAUAGCUACAACUUACAAGUGCUGUGAACUUGCAGCUGAGCUGAGGAUUGUGAUGAGGGCAUAGAGAAAUUCUCCAUCGAGUUUGCAAUUGAAUCGCACACACCCCAAGAAAAAAAAUGCCAGCCGCCGCGCUCUGGCGCUCUCUGCGCGCCCACCAGGUCUACGGCGCCAACACCGAUGUUGGCAAGACCAUCGUCUCGACGCUCCUGUGCAAUGCCCUGCAGCAUCACGGACCGGUGGGCUUCCUCAAGCCCGUCUCUACAGGGCCAUUGAAUGAAGCUGAUGAUCGCCACAUCCAACGCUACGCCCCGCACACGCAGACCAAAUGCCUCUACCAAUUCGCCGACCCGGUCAGCCCGCACCUCGCCGCCCACAAGACGGGCACCGUGCCCAGCGACCCCGAACUCCUCGCCGCCAUCCACCACACCCUCAGCACAUGGUCGUCGCAAACCGCCACCAAGCACGCCCUCGUCGAGACCGCCGGCGGGGUGCACUCCCCGGGCCCCAACGGCACCUCGCAGGCGGACCUCUACCGCCCGCUCCGGCUGCCCAUCAUCCUGAUCGCCGACUCCCGACUGGGGGGUAUUUCGGCCUCCAUCUCCGCUUACGAAUCCCUCCUCCUGCGCGGGUACGACGUGCACUCCGUGCUGCUGUUCCGGGACGACUACUACCAGAACCACAACUACCUACAGGAGUACUUCGCCAAGAAGGCCAUCCCGCUCGUCGCGGUGCCGGCGCCGCCGGCGCGGCCGGAUCCGCGGGAUGGGGAGGCUGUGAGUCAAGAUGAGGAAGCGAUGGGACGGUACUAUGAGCGUACGGUACGGGAGGGCCGGUUGGGCGCGGUGGUCGAGGCGCUGGAGCGGAAGCAUAUGGAGCGCUGGGAGCGGUUGGAGGAGAUGGCGCGCAAGGCCGAGGAGACGAUCUGGUAUCCGUUUACGCAGCAUCAGGGGGUGACGGCCAAGGAUAUCGCGGUCAUUGAUUCGGCGUAUGGGGAUUAUUUUCAGACUUAUCGGGCGGCAAAGGUCGAGAAUACCGGCGAUCAGGGCGGGGGGAGUGCACUACGCUCGACGUUCGAUGGGUCCGCCUCGUGGUGGACGCAGGGGUUGGGCCAUGGGAACCCCGAUCUCGCCCUGUCGGCCGCGUAUGCAGCCGGCCGAUAUGGGCAUGUCAUGCUCCCGGGGAAUAUCCACGAGCCGGCGCUGGCGCUGGCGGAGACGGUGCUCCAGAGCCAGGAGAAUCCCCGGCUCAAGCGGGUGUUCUACACGGAUAAUGGCAGUACGGGGAUGGAGGUGGCGGUCAAGAUGGGCCUGCGGGCGGCGUGCGCCCGGUACGGGUGGGAUGCAAGCGCAGAACCCAUCCGGAUCCUGGGGCUGAAGGGCAGCUAUCAUGGGGAUACGAUCGGGGUCAUGGAUUGCUCGGAGCCCUCGACGUACAACAAGAAGGUGGAGUGGUAUCGGGGCCGCGGCCAUUGGUUUGAUUUCCCCCUGGUGGGGAUGAAGGAUGGGGUGUGGAAGAUCAGCAUGCCGGAGACGGCGCUGGGAGAUGAGCUGCAGUUUGGAUCGCUGUCGGAGGUAUUUGACCUGGAGCAGAGAGUGGACUCCGAGGCGGGCCAGCGGUAUCGGGAGUAUAUUCACGAGACCAUCCAACGGUUAGUGCAGCAGGAGGGAAUCAAGUUUGGCGCGCUGAUGAUGGAGCCGAUCAUUUUGGGUGCGGGCGGAAUGUUGUUUUGUGACCCCCUGUUCCAGCGGUGUCUGGCGGACGUGGUGCGCCAACACCCAGAGCUGUUUGCCCCUGGGCAGAGCUCCCCGCCUGCCGGAGCGAAUGAGUGGUCGGGCCUACCUAUCAUCUUCGACGAGGUCUUCACCGGGCUGUACCGAUUAGGGCGGCGGUCGGCCGCCUCUUUCCUGCAGGUGCACCCCGACAUCUCCGUCAACGCCAAGCUGCUCACCGGCGGCCUCGUGCCGCUGUGCACUACGCUGGCCAGCGAGCCGAUCUUCCGGGCGUUUUUGAGCGACGACAAGACCGAUGCACUGCUGCAUGGCCACAGUUACACGGCGCACGCGGUGGGCUGCCAGGUGGCGGUAGAUUCGCUGCAGACGAUGAUGCGGAUGGAGCGCGAGGGGGCCUGGCAGGAGUACCAGCACGAUUGGACGGUGGCUAGCAGCGGCGGUGCUACUACUGCUGCUGCUGCUGCCCCUGCGGGGGCGCCUACGACGGGACCUUCGGUCUGGAGCGUCUGGUCCCACGACCUCGUGCGGGAUCUGUCGCGGGCGGCCUCGGUUGAGGGGGUGUUUGCACUGGGCACGGUGCUCAGCAUCGCUCUCAAGGAUCAGCACGGCGGCGGCUACACCUCCCGGGCGGCGCAGGGGCUGCAGCAGCGCUUAGCCGCGGGGUCGGAGCAGUUCGCGGUGCAUUCGCGGGUGCUCGGGAAUGUGCUGUAUUUGAUGUCCAGCGUGACGUCCAAGCCGGAGUCGCUUCGGGCAAUUGAGGAAGUAUUGCGGGGGGGAUUGCUGUAGGUGGUCGCCUUGUAGGUGGGGGAAGAGAGUUCUCCGGGGGAGGAUUCUGCCGAGCCUUUGAGGAAGUGUACAUACAAGGUAAAAGAAGUGUAUAUAGCCGGCUAUCAG